UCCACGGCCCGAUGUUCAAUCCACUCUUUGUCAACAUCGUGAAGUUCACCUUAACCGCCCCGCAAAGUCGCAAUUCCAGAUAUUACCAAGUUCUAGCAAGGGAUCCGACUUACCAAUGGUAUUACUAACGUCGUCUGAUAAAUCUACGGGAAUUUCCAAGGAAACCGUGUAAAUAGUUGCGUAGCACGGCUAUAAAACACGAAUUAAGUUCCCAAGAUGACUCUUGGAUCUUCCAAGCUGUUCCGGCCAAUCAAGGUCGGAGCCCUUACCCUCAAUCAUAGGAUUGUGCUGGCCCCUAUGGCGCGGUUCAAAGCGACGGAGACAGGUCAUGUUCCGAUCCUUCCAAUAGUCAAGGAAUUUUAUACUCAGAGAGCCUGUGAUCCUGGGACUCUUCUUAUCACGGAGGCAACUAUCAUUGCCCGAAAGGCUGGGGUAUACAAGCAUUGUCCUGGGAUCUGGGCUGAAGAGCAGCUGCAAGCAUGGAAAGAGAUAACCGACUCUGUUCACGCUAAAGGGAGCUACAUUUACUGUCAAAUUUGGGCUCUCGGUCGUACCGCAGACUAUAAUGCGUUGUGGGAGGAGGACCCGUCUCUUCCUUACGUUGCACCUUCAGCUAUCCCGCUUUCCGGCAAGGACAAAGUUCCCCGCCCCAUAACUCUCGAAGAGAUCCACGAGUACAUUCAGUUAUAUGCUCAAGCAGCUGCUGAUGCGGUCAAUAAAGCCGGGUUUGAUGGUGUAGAAAUCCAUGGUGCCCACGGAUAUCUUGUGGAUCAGUUUCUGCAAGAUGUAGCUAACAAGCGGACGGACGGUUACGGUGGGAGCAUAGAGAAUAGAGCACGAUUUGGUCUCGAAGUGAUUAACGCUGUCGUAAAGGCAGUCGGAGCGGAGAAGACGGCCAUCCGAUUGAGUCCAUGGGGUAUUACAGUGUCGGAGGUUCGGAUGAAGGACCCGAUUCCUACUUUCUCCUACUUUGUUUCGCAAAUCAAGGAGAAACACCCCGAUCUGUCCUACAUCCACGUCGUAGAACCUCGAAUUGAUGGUGGUGAAACGCGAAAUCCGGAAGAUUUUUCUUCGAAUUCAUCUAACGACUUCCUCCGGGAAAUCUGGGCGCCAAGGCCGUACAUUGCUGCAGGAGCAUUCACGAGGGAGACAGCAAUUGAGGCUGCAGACGAAAAGGGGGACAUCAUUGCCUUCGGACGGCAUUUUAUUUCCAAUCCUGAUCUUACGAAGCGGUUGAAGAAUAAUGUACCCUUGACGCCAUACAAUAGGUCUACGUUUUAUUUGUCUGGGAAUGUUGCCGAAGGUUACCUUGACUACCCCUUCGCGUCUAAUGUUAGCAACUGGGCCUAAUGUCCUUGUAUGAGUUUUCUAUAUCAUUUAACGGAAGUGAUUCUCUUGCUACAGUGUACUUGAACUGUCUUACUCUCGUUGGGCUCGGGUAGAACCUGUG